CCGGGCUGCCCAGCUGAUCGGACGUGUUCGCUUCGUCUCUAAGGCUUCUCCCACUUACAACAAAACUAGUGUUCUUACACCUUUAUGUGUAUUUUAAAGACUCAUAAUCACUGUUUGUGUUCAGUUCUAAUCGAAGAAGAUCAGAAAAUACUGAGGAUGCUUGGCGUCAUAUCCAAUAAUGGCGAGUAAAUGUCACAAAGAGAAUCUCAUCAAGCCAUCCUCUAGGGCAAAGUGGUUCAGGAUGCCUGGAGGAAAAUACAGGAAGCAACAAAGUGAUUUUUCCCAACCAGGAAUAGUUCCUGGAAAAUUAGCAGAUGAAUCCCAGCUUGGUGGAUUGAGUAGUCUGCUCCAAUUAAAUAAGGAACCAAUAAUUGAAGUUAAACCUCCGUUACCUAAACCCUUAAAAAAGAGGUACAGGGACGAGAUUUACAAUAAUAUCGAACCUGUUGUUGAGCCUCCUCUCUCACGUACUGGACCAGAGAUAAAAAUAGAAGAAAACGGUGAUAAAUCUAAGCCUGGUGCUGAAACCUCUGAAGAGGAAGAAGAAAGGCUUAAAGUCUGGAGGUCACACAUCUUAGAAGAGAACGUCAACACCAAGAGGACAAGAGCCCGGGCAUGUAAAGGCCAGCGCUACCGGGAGUUCAUGUGGACCAGUUAUGCCAACAGAAGGAGAUCAAACAGGUGGGAGCUUAAUCAAGAUAAGGAUGAAGUAUUACCUGUUAAAAAAAUCAAGAACAGUAAUAAAAACGAAAAAUCUCGAAACAAAACAAUCAAGACUACUAAGACUGCCAACGGAACUGUAACACCAUUUAGUGAAAAAUCUAAUGAUCUCAUGAGUGAAAGUGACCAUAGCGGAGAGAAGUCUGAUGAUGCAUUACCCUUACAGAAUAUCGAUGAGCCUCAAGUAAUCAAAAAGGGGAAAAGAAAAAUUCCAAAAUCUAAAGCCAACUCUUCUUUUGAUAUAGUUAGUCCUACAAAAGAUAGUAACGAUAACUUGAUGGCAACAGACAGUGAAGAAAAUAUUGACUUUAGUCAAAACAAUGAUUCUGAAGUAGAAAUGAAGAACAAUUAUAGUGGCUUUGUGUUUUUAGCCCCUAAUGAUCAAUCCUUAAAUGGCAACCAUGAUCCUACGGAGGACAACAAAAGUAAUUCAUUGCAAGAAGAAAGCAGGAAACUAGAUAGCAGCCUUGUCGGCAGUAAGAAGCGGAAAGCGAGGAGGCAAGAAAUAAGAAGGCUUGCUCCUGGCUCCACUUUCAAAGGUGUGGAUGUGAUAGCAGAAAAUGAUCUUAGAAAAGACAACUAAUUCAUGAAUUUAAUAUCUAUUCUUCAUGUCUUUCUUCUAAAAUGUGAAAAAUGUCAGAAUGUUUUUAUAUCUUAUCAAGAUGUGUGCUUAUUAAGGAAGGAAAUAUUUAAUGUU